UUCAAUGCGAACACUCAGUCCAGGGCAAGCACAUUCGUCUAACAGACGACGAGCGCUGAGCGCGUGUGUCGGUUGGUUUUGACGCGUUGCCCUGCAUGGAGCAGGCCGCUCUGCAACUGUCAUUUGUUUUCUGUGUUUUAUAGCAAUUCCGAAUGGUGUCAGUUCAGUAGGGCUUCAAAUCAGAUACAAAAAACAAGCUUAUUUCACUUUGUGUUUACGAUCAUAUGUGUCAACCAGCAUAGUGCAGCACCAAACUAGUAAUGCUGUGCUUCGUGCAAGGAACUUCCGUGAACAAAGAUGACAACAAGAAACACAAGCGGAAUCAGAAGAAGAGGUCGUCGAGCAAUUUGCUUGCGAAGUCCGCGCCCACGACUCCACAAGGAGAGCUCCUGCAGGCGGGGUUGGUAUUCCCCGAGACGACGCAGACCUCCGCUGCUACUGGCCCCAUUCCCAGGAGCCCGAGCCACGUGUUCAGCAGAUAUGACAAGCAAGCGCUGAAACACCUGAGCGUCAGUACCCCGGUAAUGACACAAGCCCGCCCUCAGCCUGCCUGUGACCCCCUGGUGACACCCGCGGGGCCGCCAUCACCUGAACAGCAGCCAAGCUCCAGCAAGUCCCGGCAGAAGAAGUUCCACCGCCACUUCAAGCAGGUUGCAGCAGAAGAACACGUCCUAAACUAUUAUUCAUGUGCUCUUGUAGGAGAUAUUUUGCUUCAGGGGCACCUGUACAUCACCAAGAACUACUUUGGAUUCUAUUCCAACGUCUUUGGAUAUGUUACAAAGUUACUUAUCCCAACAGUUUCUGUACUUAAGAUAAGUAAAGAAAAGACAGCACGCAUUAUUCCAAAUGCAGUUGGUGUGGCGACGGAGGAAGACAAACACGUGUUCUGUUCACUGCUGUCACGCGACUCUACAUACAGGCUCAUGGUGCAGGUGUGGAAGACAGCAGUGAACCCUGGACCACAAGAUACACUGUCCAGCACCAAGAUGUUGAAAAGUGAGGUGGAUUCUGCAAGUGGAUACAUGCAUCCUAAUGAUGAUGAUGAUGACUCUUCUUCUGUGUCUGGUAGUGAGCAUUCCUGUCCACCAACACCUGCUGAGAGUCACACAGAUGUCAGCCACUCUGAAAGCUGUCCAUCUAAACUACCAAAUGGUAAUGUUGGAGUGUCAGAGAAAUCUACGCGGUUUACAAGAGGCGGCACGAUCUUCUCCUUGUUGCCACGACCAACUUUAAUAUUAAUUAUAUCUACGGGUUUGCUUGUGCUGCUGUUCCUAUCUGCAGCGUUCCUGUUAUACCGGAUUGGGCGGAUACACACACAGUUUUCUGAAAGUCCUAUCAUUACAGGCAGUGAUGAAGUGUACCAGGAGGUCUUGAAGUGGCAGACUCACCUUCAUUCAAAGUCGGCAAAUGAAGUCCAAGAGUUUCUCAAUGCCAACUUGGACCAAUUAGCAAAGGUACGACAGUCUUUAGAGGCUCUAUCUUUACUCAUCGUAACGGACGACAGCAAUAAAAGUAAAUCACCUGCAGCAUCUCACAAGUCAGCUCAACUAUCCAAUUUGCAUCAGCAGCAGGCGCCAGCACCUCUGCCUCAAGAUAAGCACAGUUAGCAUUAUGAUGGUUUGUCAACAUGCUUUAGCAGCGCUCGGCUGUGGUAGUACUGCAGAUCUCCGUGCUGUAGGUCCUGGGAGAAAAAUUAUUUGUAAUGUAUUUAAACAUUUCUCAUAUUGUCUUCUCUGAAAUGAGAGUUCGGUAACCGGUUGGAUAAUUCUUAAUUCACUUACUGUAUACAGAUAUUUGCAGAAUUGACUUUGUAUGGACAGAUCUAGGUUCUGUUCCAAUCCACACUUUAACACAGGUGAAAUUCUGGUGCCACACUAAAGACUAACGGCUCUCAGUGGAGUUGUUUGAAGUACUGCAGCGUUAGACCUAUAGCAUAAUGCUGUGAGGUUGUCAUCACUUUGCCUGUAGCAUAGUGCAGAUGACACGCAAUCUCCUUCGCUGCUACAGUCAAUCCAACUGGCAGACUGGACGUAGAAGAAAAAGACACUUUACCAAAGAACAGGAACUGGAGCAGAUUUUAUUGUAGCCAAAAAAUUAUUACCACAGUAUUUAGAUAUUUACAUUGUUGGUCUUCAUUUGGACCAUCUAUUCCUUGUGCCAUUUCUAGUUGUAUAGUUCACGUGUCCGUGCCUGGAUUCAGGACUCCGAAGGUGCAGUGAAAGCAAAUAAGACAUAAUAAGUACAACACUGUAACUUUUGCACCAGAUGACAUGCAGAAAACUGUACAGGUAAUUGUGUGCACCCACAUUAACUGGACGCUUCUGUACGUGGCUCACCGGAUCAAAUAGUGCAAACAGUUGUAGUGAAAUGUUCCUUCCAUGUUAUAAUUUAAGGUUAUGAAUUCUUUUUAAUAUCUGUUUACUCCGAUAAUGAAUUGGAAUUUAUUAAUUCCUAUGUCACGUAUGAAAGUAUGAUACUGUUACAUAAUUUACAUUAUCCUAAUGUCGUCAAAGAAAUGACUGACGAAAUGGUCAUUAAAUGACACUUGUGUGAUGAAGCUACGUUAAGAAGUUUUUUAAUGUGACGUGGUGAUUCUGUUUCUUACUUAAUGUGGAUGACGGUUUGAAGCAAACAUGAAUUUGUUAAGUAAGUUAAGGCGCAGUAAAACUGAAUAACAAAAUAUUCCAUGGAUGAUUAUGAACAUUUUGUAUAUGCUUCAAGUGAAAGCAAAAAAUAAUUGAUCUGCCACAAAUAUCACUUAUCAGUUCAAGUCUUGUCAUAAUGAACUGGAAAUACUGGCUUCUGCCAUAAUAUGAAUUAAACAUUCUUGCACGUUUUUUUGUUGUUGUGGUGGACCAGGUUAAGACUGUCUCAAGUUUAAUUUAUUUAUAUUGUUAGGAGCUCAGACUGUACAGCACUGAAUGACAGGAUGAUAAAUGACUAAUGAAUUUGGAAGGAUGCAGUCAUGAGUAAUUUAAGUUAUUGUCAUGGAAUUUGCCUAGAGGAACUGAGCAAAACCAUAAGGAACCUUAAGACAGCUAGUCUUCAUGCCCAAACUUGAACCCAGGAUCUUCUGAAUAUGAAUAAGUGCUAACCACUCGGUUGAGAUAUUUGGUUAUCUGAAAUUUUAAAUAUGUGCUCAGACAACAUACGCUGAUUCCUGUCUUGUUGAAUUAUAAGUGAAUACACUGAUGUAUUUCAAAGUAAUUAGAAGAAACCAUGUUUAAAACGAAUAAGAAGAUUUAUUACAUAGAUGCGAAACGUUGCCACUAGAAUGCGUAAUUUCAGUGAAAUGUGACAUGUGAAUCCUGGCGCACAAUACGAAGCAAGUUCCUGCUGCAAGGACAGCUCUUCGGAGCUCACUGUAGGCUUCAGCAAAGGAGGUAAGAUCAUGCUAUGAUUUGACGAUCCCUCGGAUCAGCACUCGGCAUGGUCCGCAUUGACACAGGAUUGGCUGACAGUCACGUUUACCAGGUGCGUUGCCAAUUGCUCAGCUUGCAAAAGAGUCAUUGCCACUAGACACCGCAGUUAGACAUACCUUUAUGUGGCCUACUCAAACAUCUACAAGCUGCAACUUCAUUCUUUGACAUUCAGAGUUCAAAUGUCGAGGUAACAACACAUUUUUAUGCCAGAGCUGGGGCUUUGUAUGUCACAGAGAGGCAAAGCCAGGAUCAAUAAAUUGCAGCACUAGAAUAACUGCAGUUAUGUAUUAUGAGCAGUGUGAGGCACUGUUUGUUGUUGCCGAAUGGAAUCGUUGAUCUUUUGUACACUUGGAUUCAAUUAUUUUUCAGGAUUGUAGGCUCAGUAACUGUUAUAACUUAUAAAAUCAUGCAUAAAAAAACCAAAACUGUUCACACUUUAAAGGACACUGUAGUAUUUUUCAUUGGAAUUGGCGGCUGAGUCGAGUUCUGCUCUUUGUGAGUGACCAAUCAGUGCAAAGAAGGUCUGUUGGUAAGCAGGGAGACUCAGUCUGUUACGAAACCCUGUGGUAGAAGCAUCGGCAGCCGCACUGCGUUUUUGCCAAUUCUUACAUGUUCUUUGCGUAGUGUUGUGGAAUUCAAUGUUCCAUGAUGCUACGUCUGGCACCACUCUAUGUUGUUUCCUCACUAUCUCGCCCCUCCACCUACCUCCACUAUUUCCCACCAUGGCACAGUACAUGUGAUUGGUGCACGCUUCAGCCACCAAUUCAGCUGAACACUGUUAUAAUGAAAAACGCAUCUUGACCUCAAGAGGUCAUCAUCAGUGGCAAAACAAAUUAAUUCAUACAAUACAAUUCAAAAGACUAUGGUUUUCUACAGAGCAUGAAAGCUAUGUACUUCACAACACUAUACUUAUGUAACAACUCGCUGGAUGUUAAUUGCACAGGAGUUGGUGUAUUAAAUUUAAUGAUGGAUCGUAUAGAAUAAGAUAUGAUGCGGAAUUAGAAGAAUUGAUUGAUCAUCAGCACAUUGUGAGAUAUAUUAAAUCACAACGGUUAAGAUGGGCGGGACAUGUGGUCAGAAUGGGAGAGCAUAGACUGCCACAUUUGGUAUUAUUCCAGAAAUUGUGGGGAACAAGACCUAAAAGAAGACCAAGGGGAAGGUGGAUUGAUGCGACAGAGGAAGAUAUGACAGAUGAAAGUGGGCAACUGGAAGAAGGUAGCUCAAGAUAGGAAGGGAUGGGGACAUACUGUUCGGGAUGCCAGAGCCCACCAAGGGCUGUAGUGCAAGAGAAGAAGAAGGUUGUGUGUUAAAUUGAGGACUUAGCUUUUAUGUCGACUGGCGUUUGGCAUUGGUGUCCUUUAAAGUGUAAACAGUUUUGUUUCUAUGCAUGAUUUUAUAUUCCAAUACACUGCACGGUAUGCAAGGUUUCAAUGUUAUAACUUAGUUUGAUUGUGUGACUGACGUUUGCCAAGAGUCAGUGGGUACUGACUUUAGUACAAAUAUAGGUCAUAUGGGAGAAGAUGGUGUGGAAUGUUGUGGAAGUGAAUAAUCAAACCUACACAGGUUCAAGGUACUUAUUUCUACAUUUAAGAAAUUUUUCUUGCCAGAUGCAUUUAAGUACUUAAUUGUAGAAUCUGUGUUUUCACGUGAACUCGAUGACUCUUGUAAUUUUAAUGACUUUAGCCUGAAAUGGACUUGUUUUGUCAGUUGAACCUGUGCCUUGCACCUUGUACAUUUUAUAUUCUUUAACACCAGUGUGAUUAGUUUUUGUUUGUUGUUCAGUCUCCAUCUCGUAAGUAUUUGAAUGUUAUUAAAUGUGUCGCAGAGAUGCAAAAAGAUAUUUUCUCAGUUUAUGACAAAUACUUUUAAAUAUUAUUAUGUUGGUACUGUUACGUCUGCUGUAACUGGCAAAGAAAGCAGUAGGAACUAGAAGUCUGAUUAAAACAAUAACUAUAUGAUGGCAAACCUGUCAGUACCCAGCAUACCACACGAACACCCAGCCAACAGGAUUCAUGUGAAGGGUACACAAACUCAACUUGUUUCUGCAGUGUUGGACUCCAUAUUUGGCAUUCCUAAAAUCUGUAUGUUCCCUGGUGAUUUUAGGAGAAAUUUUCCUAUGAUUGUCUUGUUUAAAACUGGCAGUUUGCAGUUCUUUGACUCACCAUCAUGUGUGUGUGUGUGUGUGUGUGUGGCACAACUAUUGACUGUCUUCUUACUACUAGUAGAAGGCUGCUUGCUUCUUUGCACUUGUUAGUACUUAGGAAAUAUUGUACAAUUUGCUAGUUUUUAUUUAGUACUUAUUAGUUUUGCCCUGUGAUAUGUCUAAAAGGCCAACAAUAAGUUCUGAGGAUUACAUAAAUAUGAAGAGGAAGCAGUUGUCACUUCGUAUAUAACAGAAAGUCAUGUUAUUGAUGAAGAUCCAGAAUCCAGAAAAUCCAAAAAUCUGAAAAACCUCCAGGCUUUCUGGAUAAGGGGUCCAAUUCUGUACUUGCAAAUAUAUCACAUCCAACAGACAAAACAUUUAAGUUCCACAUCAUCAGACCAUUAGUGCGUGAUUGUUGACGUGUUUACGAGUUCACAUAUAAAACUUUGACAACAGUAAAAUUUGGUGAGGAUUUGAUACUUCAUAGAACACCAUACAAAAGUUUAUUUAUAUAACCACUGGCUUUGUGUUACUGUAUGAUAAAUUGAUGAUUCCAGUUUUCAUGAUCUUCAGAGUUUAAAAAUAUGUAACAAUGGAUUCUGUAAUUGUUUAAGUUCAUAAGUUACCAACUGCAGCUAGUAAUCUACCGAAGGAAAAUUAUAAUUUUCAUGUAAUUAAAAUUUAAUUUUAAAACAUACACAUGAAAGCAGAACUGAAAUACAAAUAGGACACAUGGUGUGCUGAAAAGUGCAUUGAAUGAUUUGUGUAUGUAGCAAAAUAUACAAAUAAAAUAUUGCCAUGUAACUUUCUGAACAUGUAUCUGUGAUAACUGAAAGAAGAAAUAAAAUACUGUACAUUGAACAUACAUGUUUACUAUUUUAAAGUGAAUGCUGAUUGUAAACUGGCAGCCAUGAUGACAGUGUUAUUGUAUAUAAAAUAUGAACAUAACUGUGUUCUUAUUUGUGUUAUGUGUGUCACAAUUGAAAUUUAGCACCCACCAUUCCUGUUUGUUAUCACAAUCAUGCAUGAAUAUUUCUUGUAGAAAAAAAACACUUGAAAUAUACAUUGUUGGAAAAUUUUAUAAAAUGUAGUCACUAAAUGAUUGUUACUACUAUUAUAUUUAAGAUUUUUUAAACGAGGAAUAUUUCUGAUAUUUGUAUACAUUUUUGCAGUAUAAUUUAUUUUUGGCACACGUUUUGUUCGUAGCUCAUAGUUUUUCUUUUCAAAUGAUAUCUCAUUGUUUUAAACAUCUAAAACUAAGAAGAUUUCAUAUUUGAUAAUGACUGUGCUUUCAGUUUGUUUCAUCAAUGACAUGAUUGCUUAUGAAAUGCACCUUUUUAUUCGUUCUACCUUAUGCAGUGGGGAAAAUUUAUUCUACAAAUUUCAAUUACUGUCUUUUUGUGUUUGUAUUUAGAGCAUAUAACAUUCACAUUAUUUUAUUGUAAGAAAAAUAAAUUAUGUUAAUGUGAAGUUUAGCAAUAUUAAAAUCAAUCUUAUGAGACAUUUUGUGAUUUGUAGUGAUGAAGCUGUGAAACAAUUGUCAUUUUUGUUACCUCAUUUGAAAUGUGAAGACACGUUAGCAGUCACAAAUGGCUUUCUCGUAAUCUUGACAAUUUCUUACAAAAUGCCUGUUUACAUGAUAUUUCUCUAAGUCUUCUUUGGACCAAUACAAAAGUUAUUCCUUGCUACAGCAAAUCAAAUUUGAGGCCUGUGGUAGCCAUCUCAGUUCUGUUAUGGUUUCCAAAUGUCUGUAAAUAAAAAUGCCAAGAUGUUAGCUUCUUAUAAAGAGUCAUGAUCUGCUCUUUUUUUCCAGUUGGUGUGAUGCCUUUCUGUCAGUCCGAGCAAGACUAAAUGUGCGGUUAUCCAUAAUUGUCAGUGCACUUCGAAUAACAUGUCAUGUGUAUAUACACGCUUUUUACGGUAUUUUAUUGUGUGCGUGUGCUGUCAUUGUGCACUGUAGAGUGAAAACAAAAAUCAGGAAUGAGAUGUGAUGGUUAUAAUGAUAGGUAAUUAUGUAAAAUUCUGUUCCCACGAAGAAUGCUGCAGAUGCAGCCCCUUCAAACUAAAAGAUUAACAAUAUUUAUAAUUUUUUUGUAUAAUCUAAAUCACAUCAUUAAAUCUUUGUUGUAAACAGUUGAAAGUAAUUAUUCACAGUUUUAAACUUCUUACUCUUUAUUAUUAUAAACUACAUAUUUGUUCAUGUAUUUUGGGUAAUGGAUAUGAUUUGGUGAGAUUUACUGAAAAUACCAAUAGAACAUAAAUUAAAUAGAAUUUUCACUCACAGGAUUCAGGAGCAGUAGUGCAUGUUUCUUUAAUAAACCUAUUUUUGGUACAGUCUAUCAAUGUAGCAGCCAUGUUAGAUGUCUCAGUAUGAACCAAAUAGUGCAAAUGAGGGAAGGUUCAUUUUAUUUAUAUCUACCAUAAUUUUUAAGUAAACUAUUUUUUUAACUUUCUUUUAUUUAAGUCAGACUGUGGUGAAUUGUUCAGUGUUGCACACGAGACUUGUCCAUAUGGAAGCAAUCCAUUUAUGACACUAGACACUGUGAAGCAAGAAUUGUCAUUCAGUUCCAUUUUACUUGAAACUCGUGUACAUAUUCCAGAAAAAUUAUUUUUGCUCAGAAUUAACAACUUGCAACCUUGCUUUUCUUGAGGUCGUUACAAAUGAUUUGUUGUUGUAUUAUUUGGAAUUGUAUUGUUGCAAUAAAAGGUUCACUGGCAGUAUUCCCAGAGCUUUAUGCUAUAUUUUAUGCAGGCUGAUGCUGAACGUUUGCAAUCAUAAAUUUCUUACAGUGACCCCUAUUUACUUGAAAUUAUGUAACAUAAACCACAUUUAUUUGGUGCAUUUUGUAGUAAAUUUAAUUAAAUCAGAAAAAUUAUCCUUAAAAAAUUGAUAUUGCUGUAGAAAGAAACCAACCAGAAAUAAUAUGUCAUAUAUGAUGGAAACUGCAGAUCUGUAAAUCACAACAUUAAAAGGAAGUUGGUAUAUAAUCAUUCAUUACCCAUAUCCAUUGAAGGCACUGAGAAUUAAUGUUGAACUGUUGUAGAAUGCAUGAAGGCUGCAAAUGGUCUGGAAGAAUUAAAUUUAAAUUUAGUAUGUGUUCAUUACUUCUGUGAGGUAGUCAUAAGAAUCAGUCACUAAUAUGUUUGGAUAUGCAGAACCCACUCGGAACAUGAUUUCGUUGCUAUCGCAGAUAUGAUUUGCUUUUAUGUUUCUUAGAACCUUGUGAAAUAAGAGGCCUUAGGUAAACAUGAACCAUCAAUCUUCGGGUAUGUGGUUUUUGCAUUUUCAUUCACAUUUUGAUAAAAAUUAUAAUUAAAUUAUUUUUAAGGGAAAAUAUUCAAAGCUGCCAAUUUCUAUCAGAGUUGGAAUUCUCAGUCAUAUUUGUGUAUAUGCAUGGCUUGUAGUAUUUGCAUUCACACUGUUGGCUGUCUGUUUAAGGCCUACAUGGUGUAAACAGCAUGGUAAAAAUAUUGCGUUAUUAUUUAUUUACAUUAUCUAAAGUCUGUUACAGUAGGUUGUAAUGAUGGUAUUAAAAUCUGCCAUAUUAUUAAUAUUUCUGCUUAUUACUGUUUGUGUUAUUUCUUUUAUAAAAUGUUGGUAAACAUUUCAGUUGUUGUUCAUAGAAUAAUGGUCCACUAAGAAUUGCUGUGCAGCUGUGGGUUUCUAAUAUUUGUGGUUACAGCGCUUCUGCACAUGACUGUAAAUACUGUUGUGGUAUAUGUCUUAUUUAUCAUUUGUGGUAAUAUUUUUAACAUUCAAGUUUUAAGUUGGAUACUUAGAAGAAUUAAUAAGGAGUUCAAAUUUCAAGGUUGUCAUUAAAUUAUUUUUAAAAAAUUGACACGAUGUUUACACUAGCAGUUCCAAAAUGUGACCAGAAAUUAGGGGAAAAAUAAAUAAAUAAAGGCAUUGUUAAUUUCAA